AUGAAGUUUUAACUAUAUAGUCUUAUCUUAAUAUAUUUUGUAUAUUGUGGUAAUUUAAUAUAAGAUUAUUAUAGAUUGGGAAAUAUAUAAGCAUGAACUAUUUGAUAUUGCAACUAGUGUAGAUUGGAUUGGACUGAAUUCUGAUUCAUCAAUCAGUUCAUUAACAUAAAUCAAUCCAUCUCUAUGUACACCAACAUCUUCUACUUAUUUGGCAGGAGGAAAGAAUAAAAUUUGGAGAAAAAUCAACAUGCCAACUAAUAGAAAUUUCUCUGCUAUCAGAAUUGAGUUAGAUUUUUAUUAUAUUGAUCAAAUGAAGGAUGUCUUAACUAAAGUUUACUUAAAUUAAGUCAUUAUUAGUGAGAAUAUUAAAUUCUAAGAAGUUCUAUCAACGCCAACACCAUUAAUUUAUUGUAAUAAACCUGGAAAUUAGAAUUCUGCUGAUAGCUCUUUAAUUAAAUUGACAUAUGUUAAAGAAUUUAGAGAGGAUUAAAUUGAAAUAGUAAUUGAAUCAAUAGGAUAAUAACCUGUUAUAAUAUAUGCAUUAUCAGGAUUUUAUUUAUAUGUUUAAUUUUGUGAUAAUUAUUGUGAAAUAUGCAAUGAUACAGGAUAUUGUGAGAGAUGUAAAGAUGACUUUAAAUUAAUUAGAGGGUAAUGUCUAUGCUCUUUUAUUCGUGAUUAUAGAAAUUCUUUAUUUUAAUUAGAAAAUUCUGGUUUAUUAUAAUGUUUAAAUUCUUGUCCUAAUGGAUAUGUUCCUGAUGAAAAUGGAAUUUGUCAACUUGGAACUUAGCAUUUAUUAUUUAAUGAUUUAAUUGGAGAUUUUGACUCUUAUUUAUUCUACAUAAUCAAAGACAAAUAUUUUUCAGAUAUAUAUGAUAAUUCUUAAAGAAUAAUAUAAAUUGGAAAUUAAAAAGUAGCAGGUCCCUUUUUUUAUAAUGAAUAAAUUGUUUUUCCUUAAUUAUCUAUAGUUUCUUUCUCAAAGAUAAUGAUAAAAUUAAGAAUAUAUUUCUUAAGAUAUUAAUAUUCUAAAUCAAUUGGAGGAUAAAUCUAAUUAAAAUUUAAUAAUUAUACUGUUUUAUACAUUUAUGAUUAUGAUUCACCUGGACUAUAUUAUUAAUAAGGAAUAGCUCAUAUAAAUAAUUUACAGUCAUGUGAAUUUAAGAAUUCUGAUUGUUUUUAAAGUGAUAUUUAUUUUGAGAUGCUUUUAAAUUAUGAAGUCACUGAAAUAACAUUUGCAGGUUAAUUUACAAUCAUAGAACCUCUUAGAGGAUGGUGUUUAUCAAAUUUAGAGAUUUUAGAAUAGCAAAUAACAAUGAGUCAAAAUUUAUGUUAUAAUGAUUGCUUAACCUGUCCAUUUAUGUAACCAAAAUUCUGUAAUUCAUGUAAAUUAGGAUAUUUCUUUUUUGCAAAUAAAUGUUUAUCAAAAUGUCCUUUAUAAACAAUAUUAAUAGGAAGUGAAUGUGUAGAAAAUGGUAUGAGUGGUUCAUAUAAGUAUAUUCUAAACAUUCUAUAUGAUGAUAAUAAUUAUGAUGAUGAAAUUUAAAAUUUAAGUUAUAAUGAAAGAGUAGACCCAAAAAUAAGUAAGUUCAUAUAUAAUUUAAAUACUUAUUCAAUAUUAGGAGGAAUAUCAAUUUGGAGUUAUGGAUCAGUAUAUCAUAUAAUUAAAAGUGAAAGACCUUUUUACAAAGCCUACAUUAAGCUUAAUGUAAUUUGUAUUGAUUUAAAAUAUGAUAAUAUAUUUGAAAUAUUUGUAAAUGCUACUGGGAUUACCUAUUAAAUAACAACAGCAUCACCUAAUUUAAAUCAAUUCUAAUUUUUAUCAAUUGGAAAUAUAAUGGGUUCAUCAUUAUUUAAUGAAUAUUUAGCUGAAGUAUAUAUUGAACUUCCUACAUUCUAAUCACUUGAUAACUUGUUAUUAACAUUUUCCAUUUAAAAAUUACAAGAUUGGCAUUAAUAUUAUGGAAUCUUUAAUUAUAGAGUUAUGGUAAUUCAAUGUCCAGAAUUUUGCAAUAAAUGUAAUUCUGCAGGCUAAUGCCAAAAUUGGAUGAUUGAUAUUUCACUAUAAUCUGGAAGUUGUGUACAAGGUUACUAUUAUGAUCAUAAUCUUCAUACUUGUUCAUAAUGUAAUAGUGGAUGUUAAUAAUGUACUAAUUCUUAUUAUUGUGAUUCUUGUUCUCCUUCAUAUAUUCUAAUUCAUGGUUAAUGUUAUUGUUAAGAUACUUAUGAAUUAAGUAAUAAAUGUACUUAUACAUAUCCUUGUCAUAAGGGAUGUUUAGUUUGUGGAUUUGAAAUAGAAUAAAAUUUAAAAAAUAGGAUUUAAAAAUGUUUAAUUUGUGAUGAUUCUAAUCAUUAUUGGUUAAAUAUUAAUGAAUGUACUUGUUUAGAAGGAUAUUAUAUGGAAAAUUAGAUUUGUUAGCCAUGUUCUGAAUAAUGUAAAACAUGUAUAAAAUCUCCAAGAAUUUGUACUAAAUGUGAUUCUUCAUUAAAUAGAGUAUUGAAUCAUUAUAAAUGUGAAUGUUUUUUUGGUUAUUAUUAAUAAGAACCAUAUAUAGAAUGUUUUAAAUGUAAUACUACUUGUUAAACUUGUUAAUUCUAACCAUCUUUUUGUACUAGUUGUUUUAUUGAUUAAUUUAGAUAUCUUUUUAGUAAUUAAUGUUUAUGUAAAGAUGGAUAUUUUGAUUAAGGAAUUGAAAUUUGUAAUGAAUGUGAUCAAAAAUGCAAAACUUGUUCUGAUAUUAAUACAUGUUUAUCUUGUUAUGAAGAUUAAUAUAGAAAAUUAAAUUUAAUGAAUACUCAAUGUAUUUGUUAAUAAGGAUAUUUUGAAAUAGAAAAUAAAUUAGAAUGUGAUUCUUGUCAUAUUUCUUGCGAAUUUUGUUUAAAUUCAUCUUUAAUAAAUAUGUGUACUCGAUGUCCAAUCACUAGAGAACCUUCAUAACAUAAUACUGUUUUUUAAUGUGUUUGUAAAAGAGGAUAUUAUGAAUCUAAUAUGAAGGAAUGUUUUUCCUGUAAGGAUUAUAUCGAUCCUUCCAUUUCUCAUUAUUGUUAUAGUAAUUGUGGUGAUAAGAUUGUUUAAUGGAAUGAAGAUUGUGAUGAUGGUAAUCAUUCAAAAGAUGAAUGUAUCUCAUGUAUAUUUUCACAUUCAUAUUGUUUUAAUUCAUUAUGCACAUUAUGCGAAAUGGGAUAAUGUAAAAAUUGUAUAGAUGGUUAUUACUUAAAUUUAAAUAAUCAUUGUGAUAAAUGUGAUUCAUAUUGCAAGACUUGUUAAAUCAAAGCAAAUAAUUGUCAAUCUUGUAUUUUGUAUAAUGAGAAUUUAUCUUGUAUUAUUUGUGAAAGUAGAUUAGGAUAUUAAAUUAAAGAUGGAAUAUGUUAAAACAUUUGUGGUGAUGGAUUAUAAGUUGAUAAUGAAUAAUGUGAUGACGGAAAUGAAAAUUCUGGGGAUGGAUGUUUUAAUUGUUUAAUUGAAGAUGGCUGGACAUGUUAAGAUAUAUGUGAACUCUUAAAUUAUCCAUAUCUUAUAUUUGAAGAAGAUAUAUAUGAUAAUUUGUAUUAAAAAUAGAGAAAUUUUAUAAUAAAAUCAAAUAUACCAUUAAAAACAUCUGUUUCUUUUACAUAAAUUUGUUAGUUUAAAAUGAAAGAUUCUAAAAUAUUUGAAAUUAAUAAAAAUCAAGAUCUUACUAAUUAUUUUGAUGAUUACAAUAUGCUUUUAAUUAAUGUAGAGAUUAUAUUAAAUGAUCGAGAUGAAAAUCCAAUUUUAAUAUGUUUAAUAGAAAAUCCUUAAAAUUAUCAAUCUAAAUAAGGUUUAACAUUUAAAUAGUUAAUUUUUUAAUUUGAAAUAUUAAAAUAUCUCAAACCCUCUUAAGAAGUUAUAAAUGUUACUCAAGGCAUAAUAGAUCUUAAUAAAUAUGUGUUGUACAUUUUAUUGGGUUUGGCUGCAUUUUCAUUAAUAAUAGGUGGAUUACACAUCUUUUGGAAUUUAUUGGAUAUCUUAUAAUUAAUAUCUUAUUUAUAAUUUUUUAAUAUCAUUUAUCCUUAUAAUGUAGAUACUUAUUUUAGAUUAUUUGAUUUUGCACAAUUUGAUUUCCUUAAAAUAUUUCUCAACAUUGAAGAUUUAGUAAAUAAUUAUGUUAGUUCACCUGAUCCUCAUUUUAAAUUUGUAUUGAAGGGUUACUCAUCCACAUUCUACAUCAAUGCUUUUGCUGUUUUUAUAGCAUUUGUAACUACAUUAUCAAUUUAUAUUAUAUGCAUAAUAGGAUUUAGGAUAUUAACUAAAAUAAUGGCUCAUUAUUCAGAAGAGAAUUUAUAUAUAGAUGAUGAAGAUCCAGAAUUAUUCAAAUAUAUCAUUCUUAGAAUUAUAAGGAAAGUCUAAAGAGUUUUCCUUAAAAUUAUUCAUUAUUUUGGUUCAGGAUUAUUAAGAACAUUUAUGUCAGUUGCAUAUGAAUACAAUCUUGCUAUUUUUCUAUAAUUAUCAGUACGGAAUAUAUAGAAUCCCUUUUUGACUUCAAGUUUUAUAGUAAGUAUUAUAUUUUUAUUGAUUUAAUUGUAUUUUAUUAUAAAGGGAUUCUUUCUUAUGAGUAAUCAACUGUUUUAUUUUAAGUAAUAAUAUGUAAAAUAAAAAUAUGGAGCUUUAUUUGAAGGCAUUUAAAUAAGAAAAUAACAGCCUUAUUCUAAUUAUUAUAAUCUAAUUCUUCUUUGUAAGAAAGUAUUAUUCAUUUUUUUGAUAGUGUUUUGUUAUAGUGAAACAUAUAUUACUAUUUUAUCAUGUUCAAUACUAAAUGUUAUAUUUAUCUUAUAUGUUAAAUCAAGUUAUCCAUUAAAGGAUAUAUAUGAACAUUAUAAAGUAUUAGGGUCAGAAUUACUUAUUUGGCUAAUUAAGUUAUUAAUCUUGA